AUUAUAAAAAUGGCAACAGUCUGGGCAACCUAGACACUGUGAUCAGGACCUUAAUGGCAUUGUAGGUUUCAACAUUUCUUAAGAGGAAUCGGAGAGGUGUGUUGCAGCUAUGAGUUCGGAUGCAGAGAUGGAAGCCUUUGGGGUGGCUGCCCCAUAUUUACGGAAGCCGGAACGAGAGCGAAUAGAGUCCCAAAACAAGCCUUUUGAUGCCAAAUCUGCUGUCUUUGCAUAUGAACCUAAAGAGCUCUAUGUCAAAGGCACUAUUCAAAGCAAAGAGGGUGGCAAAGUCACUGUAAAAACUGAAGAUGGGAAAACACUCACAGUUAAGGAUGACCAAGUCUUCCCAAUGAACCCCCCCAAGUUUGAUAAAAUUGAAGACAUGGCCAUGUUGACUCACCUCAAUGAAGCCUCUGUGCUGUAUAACCUCAAAGAGCGUUACGCUUCAUGGAUGAUCUAUACCUACUCUGGGCUGUUCUGCGUCACUGUGAACCCCUACAAGUGGCUCCCUGUGUACAAUCAAGAGGUCGUGGUUGCCUACAGAGGCAAAAAGCGCCAGGAGGCACCACCCCACAUAUUCACCAUUUCGGACAAUGCCUAUCAGUUUAUGCUGACCGAUAGAGAAAAUCAAUCAAUAUUGAUCACUGGAGAAUCUGGUGCAGGAAAGACUGUGAACACAAAACGUGUCAUCCAGUACUUUGCAACAAUUGCGGUUUCUGGUGACAAGAAGAAAGAGGCUCCAGCUUCUGGCAAAAUGCAGGGAACACUGGAGGAUCAGAUUAUUUCAGCCAACCCUCUGCUGGAGGCUUUUGGUAAUGCCAAGACUGUCAGGAAUGACAACUCGUCACGCUUUGGUAAAUUCAUCAGAAUUCAUUUUGGAACCACAGGAAAACUGGCUUCCGCUGAUAUUGAAACUUAUCUGCUAGAAAAGUCAAGGGUAACCUUCCAGCUUUCUGCAGAACGGAGCUAUCAUAUCUUUUACCAGAUCACGUCCAACAAGAAGCCUGAACUUAUUGAAACGCUUCUUAUCACUACGAAUCCCUAUGACUAUCCAUUUAUCUGUCGAGGGGAGAUCAGUGUGCCCAGUAUUGAUGAUAGUGAAGAGCUCAUGGCCACUGAUAGUGCAAUUGACAUUUUGGGAUUCACUGCUGAAGAAAAAAUUAGCAUCUACAAGCUGACAGGUGCUGUGAUGCAUGAAGGGAACAUGAAGUUUAAACAGAAACCACGUGAGGAGCAAGCUGAGCCUGAUGGCACUGAGGUUGCUGACAAAGUUGCUUACCUCAUGGGCCUGAACUCUGCCGAUUUGCUCAAAGCUCUAUGCUAUCCCAGAGUGAAGGUGGGAAAUGAGUUUGUCACCAAGGGCCAGACUGUACAGCAGGUGUACAACUCUAUGGGUGCCCUAGCUAAAUCAGUCUAUGAGAAAAUGUUCUUAUGGAUGGUUAUCCGUAUCAACCAGAUGUUGGACACAAAGCAGUCCAGACAGUUCUUCAUCGGUGUCCUGGACAUCGCUGGAUUUGAGAUCUUUGAUUACAACAGCUUGGAGCAACUGUGUAUCAACUUCACCAAUGAGAAACUGCAACAGUUUUUCAACCACCAUAUGUUUGUACUUGAACAAGAAGAGUACAAGAAAGAGGGAAUUGAAUGGGAGUUUAUAGAUUUUGGUAUGGAUUUGGCUGCCUGCAUUGAGCUUAUUGAGAAGCCAAUGGGAAUUUUCUCCAUCCUUGAAGAGGAGUGUAUGUUCCCAAAGGCUUCAGACACAACCUUCAAAAACAAGUUGUAUGACCAACAUCUUGGUAAAUCAAACAACUUCCAGAAGCCCAAGCCUGCCAAGGGCAAGGCUGAGGCCCACUUCUCCCUGGUGCACUACGCUGGGACAGUAGACUACAAUGUCAGCGGCUGGUUAGACAAAAACAAGGACCCCCUGAAUGACUCUGUUGUGCAGCUGUACCAGAAAUCCUCUCUGAAACUGCUAGCCCAGCUCUAUGCAAACUUUUCAUCAGUUGAUGAGAGUGGUGGUGGGAAGAAAGCUGCCAAAAAGAAGGGCUCAUCCUUCCAGACUGUGUCUGCUCUCUUCAGGGAAAACCUGGGGAAGCUUAUGACUAAUUUGAGAAGCACACACCCUCAUUUUGUAAGAUGCAUUAUUCCCAACGAGACCAAGACACCAGGUGCAAUGGAGAACCAACUGGUUAUCCACCAGUUGAGGUGUAAUGGUGUGCUGGAAGGGAUCAGAAUCUGCAGGAAGGGGUUCCCAAGCAGAAUUCUAUAUGGAGAUUUCAAGCAGAGGUACAAAUUACUGAAUGCCAGUGUUAUCCCAGAAGGUAAAUUUAUAGACAACAAGAAAGCUUCAGAGAAGCUCUUGGCAUCAAUUGAUGUGGACCACACUCAAUACAGAUUUGGGCAUACUAAGGUGUUUUUCAAAGCCGGUCUGCUGGGUACCCUGGAGGAGAUGCGGGAUGAGAAACUGACUGUACUCAUCACCAUCACUCAAGCCUUGUGUCGUGGUUUCCUCAUGAGAAAGGAAUUUGCACAGAUGAUGGAAAGAAGAGAGUCCAUUUUCACAAUCCAGUACAACAUUCGCUCAUUCAUGAACGUGAAACACUGGCCAUGGAUGAAGCUUUAUUUCAAGAUUAAGCCACUUUUGAGGAGUGCAGAAACAGAGAAAGAAAUGGCCAACAUGAAGGAGGAAUUUGCAAAGUGCAAGGAAGAGCUUGCAAAGGAAAAAGCGAAGAGGAAGGAGCUUGAAGGCAAAAUGGUUACUCUGCUCCAGGAAAAGAAUGAUUUGCAACUGCAAGUUCAGUCUGAAAGUGAAAGUCUCUCAGAUGCAGAGGAGAGGUGUGAGGGCCUAAUAAAAAAUAAAAUCCAACUUGAAGCAAAACUGAAGGAGUUAAAUGAGAGGCUGGAGGAUGAAGAGGAAAUUAAUGCUGAACUGACUGCCAAGAAGAGGAAACUGGAGGAUGAAUGCUCUGAGCUGAAGAAAGACAUUGAUGACUUAGAGCUUACCUUGGCCAAAGUGGAAAAAGAGAAACAUGCCACAGAGAACAAGGUGAAAAACCUGACUGAGGAAAUGUCAUCCCUGGAUGAAACCAUUGCUAAGUUAACCAAGGAGAAGAAAGCCCUCCAAGAGGCACAUCAGCAGACCCUUGAUGAUCUGCAGGCAGAGGAAGACAAAGUCAACACUCUAACCAAAGCAAAGGCAAAGCUUGAACAGCAAGUGGAUGAUCUCGAGGGUUCUCUGGAGCAAGAGAAGAAACUCCGUAUGGACUUGGAGAGAGCCAAGAGAAAACUUGAGGGGGACCUGAAACUUACUCAAGAAUCCAUAAUGGAUUUGGAGAAUGACAGACUGCAAAUGGAGGAGCGGCUAAAAAAGAAAGACUUUGAACUUAGCCAGCUUCUUAGCAAAAUUGAAGAUGAGCAAAAUAUGGGACUGCAAUCUCAAAAGAAGAUAAAGGAGUUGCAGGCCCGCGUUGAAGAACUGGAAGAAGAGAUUGAAGCUGAACGCGCUACUCGAGCCAAGGUUGAAAAACAGAGAGUUGAUCUCUCUAGGGAACUGGAGGAGAUCAGUGAGAGGCUUGAAGAAGCUGGUGGGGCAACCGCAACUCAGAUUGAGAUGAACAUGAAGCGUGAAGCUGAGUUCCAGAAACUGCGGCGUGAUCUUGAGGAGUCCACUCUUCAGCAUGAGGCCACGACUGCUGCCCUCCGUAAGAAGCAUUCAGACACCGUGGCAGAGUUAGGAGAACAAAUUGAAAGCCUUCAGCGUGUCAAACAGAAGCUGGAGAAGGAGAAGUGUGAAUUCAAAAUGGAGAUUGAUGACCUUUCCAGCAACAUGGAAUCUGUGGCCAAAUCAAAAGCAAAUUUUGAAAAGAUGUGUCAUACUUUGGAAGACCAACUAAAUGAAUACAAAUCCAAGUAUGAAGAGGCUUCUCGUCAGAUGAAUGAAAUCAAUGUUCAAAAAGCAAGACUCCAGACAGAAAAUGGUGAGUUUUCCAGAACGCUUGAAGAAAAAGAUGCUUUGCUGUCACAGAUGACAAGGAGUAAACAAGCCUUCACUCAGCAAAUUGAAGAACUUAAGAGAUUUGUGGAAGAGGAAACAAAGGCAAAGAAUGCCCUUGCCCAUGCUCUACAGUCAGCCCGCCAUGACUGUGACCUGCUGAGGGAGCAGUAUGAGGAGGAGCAGGAGGCCAAGACUGAGCUGCAGCGAGGAAUGUCCAAGGCCAACAGUGAGGUGGCUCAGUGGAGAACUAAAUAUGAAACUGAUGCCAUUCAACGCACUGAGGAACUUGAGGAAGCCAAGAAAAAGCUUGCUCAACGUCUGCAAGAGGCAGAAGAGUGCAUUGAGGCAGUGAAUUCCAAGUGUUCUUCCUUGGAAAAGACCAAGCAGAGACUGCUGAAUGAGGUUGAAGACCUUAUGGCUGAUGUGGAGAGGGCAAAUGCUCAAGCAGCUGCCCUUGAUAAGAAGCAGCGGAAUUUUGACAAGAUUCUAGCUGACUGGAAGCAGAAGUUUGAGGAAAGUCAAACAGAGCUGGAAGGUGCUCAGAAAGAGGCUCGUUCUCUGAGCACUGAGCUCUUCAAGUUGAAGAACUCUUAUGAAGAAGCUUUGGAUCAACUGGAGACCCUGAAACGGGAGAACAAGAAUUUACAACAGGAAAUCUCAGAUCUUACUGAACAGAUUGGAGAAAAUGGGAAAGUUAUCCAUGAGCUGGAAAAGUCUAAGAAGCAAGCUGAGAUCGAAAAGAUGGAACUCCAGACUGCUCUGGAAGAAGCCGAGGCUUCUUUGGAACAUGAAGAAUCCAAGAUUCUUCGAAUCCAGCUUGAGCUUAGUCAAGUUAAAUCUGAGGUGGACAGGAAAAUCGCUGAGAAAGAUGAAGAGAUGGAGCAGAUGAAAAGGAAUAGCCAGAGGGUUAUUGAUUCAAUGCAAAAUGCCUUGGAUGCAGAAAUCCGAGCCAGGAACGAUGCUGUGAGAAUCAAGAAAAAAAUGGAGGGAGAUCUCAAUGAAAUGGAAAUCCAGCUCAGCCACGCCAACCGCCAAGCAGCUGAGGCUCAGAAACAACUGAGAAAUGUCCAGGGACAGCUCAAGGAUGCUAUUAUUCACCUUGACGACGCCAUCAGAGGCCAAGAGGACCUGAAAGAACAAGUUGUCAUAGUGGAGCGCAGGAACUCUCUGAUGCAGGCUGAGAUUGAAGAACUGAGAGCUGCUCUGGAGCAAACGGAGAGAAGCCGAAAAGUGGCUGAGCAGGAGCUGGUGGACGUCAGUGAACGAGUGGCGCUGCUUCAUUCCCAGAACACGAGUCUCAUCAACACUAAGAAGAAGCUGGAAGGAGAUAUAAGUCAGCUGCAAGGGGAGGCAGAGGAGGCCAUGCAGGAAGCAAGAAAUGCUGAGGAAAAGGCUAAGAAAGCCAUCACUGAUGCUGCCAUGAUGGCAGAGGAACUAAAGAAGGAGCAGGACACCAGCGCCCAUCUGGAAAGAAUGAAAAAGAACCUGGAGGUCACAGUCAAGGACCUGCAGCACCGUCUGGAAGAGGCUGAAACUCUGGCCAUGAAGGGCGGAAAGAAACAGCUCCAGAAACUGGAGGCUAGGGUACGUGAGCUGGAGAAUGAGCUUGAAGCUGAAAUAAGGCGUGGAGCUGAUGCCAUUAAAGGUGUCCGCAAAUAUGAGAGAAGAGUCAAGGAGCUCAUCUACCAGACUGAAGAGGACAAGAAGAAUAUGAUUAGACUCCAGGACUUGGUGGACAAACUUCAACUUAAAGUAAAGUCUUACAAGAGGCAGUCCGAGGAAGCUGAGGAGCAAGCUAACACUCACAUGUCCAAGUUCAGGAGGGUGCAGCAUGAACUGGAGGAGGCUGAGGAACGUGCUGACAUUGCUGAGUCCCAGGUCAACAAGAUAAGAGCUAAGAGCCGUGAUUUGGGAUUAAAGGGAUUAAAGCCUGCUGCAUCUGAAGAGUAGAAGACCAUAAGAUGGUACUGGGAAAUGUGUGCUAUAUAGUUGUACUGUCUAUCAAGUGACAUUGUAGUGAACAUUAAUAAAGCUAUGCAUCUUAAUGUU